CCUAAAAAGGCGAAGAAGAGGACGGCUGAAGGCGCCAACUCCAACGUCUUCUCCAUGUUUGAACAGGCUCAGAUUCAGGAAUUCAAGGAGGCUUUCACUAUUAUGGACCAGAACAGAGACGGCUUCAUAGACAAAAACGACCUACGAGAUACGUUUGCUGCGCUGGGGCGCCUGAAUGUGAAGCAGGAGGAGAUUGAUGACAUGUUAAAAGAGGCCUCUGGUCCAAUCAACUUCACCGUCUUCCUCACCAUGUUCGGAGAGAAACUGAAGGGUGCAGACCCGGAGGAGACAAUCCUGAAUGCCUUUAAAGUCUUUGACCCAGAGGGAAAGGGAGUCCUCAGGAAGGAAUAUGUUACAGAAAUGCUGACCACACAGGCUGAUAGAUUCACACCAGAGGAGAUGGAGCAGAUGUUUGCUGCCUUUCCUCCUGAUGUGGCGGGAAACCUUGACUACAAGAACCUGGUACACAUCAUCACACACGGAGAGGAGAAGGACCAGGAGUAA